AUGGGGCGUUUGAGCGACCCGUUUGUUUUCUUGACGAUUUUGGCGGUAACAAGCAGAACAGGCAGUGAUUGCACUUUAUCCCUCAAGGACGAUUUCGGCAGCCCAUCGCCGGUAUUCGUUAAAAAUGGCGCCUUUUUAACGCCUAAUACACGAUCUGGUGACAUAUCUCUUCAGCGUUCGGAAACGUUGCUCGUGGGCUGCCCGGGAAAAAAUAGAUUUGUAGUAUUAGGGGAAGAUGUCACGGACUUCGAUGCUGUGACGGUGCAAUGUGCAGCGGGUAAGGUGUUCCGUGCUGGUCGAUGGGCGGGGGAUUUCAGAGGGAUACGAUGCAGUGCAACGCCAUGGUUCACAGUUGAGCCCACUAACGCCACCUGCAGCGGAGACCACACGCUUUACAGAAUUGGCUACCGGGUCAAUGGAGAGUUCUACACGUUGUACCGGGCAUGCUUUGACGAGAGACUCUUCACUACACUGUACGUUCAGCACGUGCUGUCACCAGAAAUCGAAUUCUACCAGCGUGGUGGCAAAAGACCAACUUUCAUCGAAACGGGCUUGUUCGGUAAGGUGCGAAUGUCUGACGUCUACGCAAGGAGCAAUCAGAGAGCACGUAUCAACCAGCUCCUCGGUAGCGGAUUGGACCAGCGGUACAUCACCAGGAAUCAAUUCCUCACUCGAGGUCAUCUGGCGCCGAGAGCCGACUUUACCACGAGAGCUAUGCAGCGAGCCUCGUUCCACUACAUCAACGCAGCCCCGCAGUGGCUGAGGGGCAACGCCGGUGACUGGGCCGCGUUGGAGGAUGCGCUGCGCCGUCGCGUGACCAGUUCUGGAAGAAAAAUGGUUGUAUACACUGGCACCCACGGAGUCAGCACUCUACCUGAUAAACACAACCAGCAGCAGAAGCUAUUCCUGCAUGUCGACGAAAACAAUAAUGGCGUGGUGCCCGUACCUCUGUAUUAUUAUAAGCUGGUGUACGACCCCAAAGAACUGAAAGCUGUGGCUUUUGUCUCUAUCAACUCGUCGUACUACAACAAAAGUAUGGUAGACGAGUUGACCUUCUGCAGUGACGUUUGCAAUGGCAACGGCAAUUAUACUUGGCUAAAAUGGAGGCCACGCGACGGAGCCCACAGCUUCUGCUGCGAUUACGACGAAUUUGUUAAAGAAAUAGACUAUUUACCAACGCUCACUGUUCGUGAAAAAUACAGU